AUGUCCCGGUCACGUGGUCACCCUCACACUUCCGCCUUUAGGAUGCAAGGCUUAAUAAUUUCACGUGAUGACGCAGUACCAGAGCUAACUCAACUAGGUUUGGCUCAACAGAUUGGUCUCCCCCAGAAAAGUAGUUUCCGCGGAAUCCAAGGAGCGAAUGAGGAGGAUGGUCAGAUCUAUCGUUCUCCUCUCUUCCUUUUCGUCUCAAGACUCAUGCGCCCGGCUCUUCUUCGAUUACUGAAGAGACCGUCAGCUCUUUCGGUUCUCGACUCCCUGAUCUCAGCACCGGCCGGGGUUGAACAAUUGGAGCUUAGACGCGAUCAGAGGUGUCUGCGAUGUCUAUCCAGGAGUACCCGACAAGAAAAUUACAUAUCCUCCGUCAACCGAGAACAGACAGCAUGCAGCGAAUCUCCCUCUCCCUCAACAAGACGAAAAUUGAGCUUCCAGGUCCACAAGAUCAAAGCACCGAAGGCGCAAGCAGAGGAUAGUGUUGGAAAUGGUGAAAGCUCUCUCGACAAGCAGAGGUACCCAUCGCGAUUCCGUAUACAACCAGAGAAGCUAGAAUUCGAAUCGGAUAUUGGACAUGUACGCGAAAUCGGAACUCGUCUGGUGGAUAGCCCACUCCACCGAGAUGAUUUCAGUCUCUGGGCUGAGCUACUACGCUACCGUCAACGGCACUAUGGAGAGCAAGGGACAAUGGUCAUUUGGGAGGCUCUGACUGAUCGCGUGGACGAUGUGCGACUCCCAGUGGACGGGGACUUGGCCGACUUUCUCUGGCAGAGCUUUGUCGACCUCGGUUUCAAGCGAGAGAUUGUGAUGGUUGAGGUGGCUGAAUAUGCGGGAGAGCUCUGGAGUAAGACUGGGAACCGGUGGCCCAAGCUCUACGAGAGAAUUGUCGGCGGCUUCAUCGAACGCGGCCUGAUUGAUCGGGCUGAGGAAUGGCAUCGAAAACUUCAAGAGCCACACCUAGCAAGUCCGAAUGACAUUCUACAUGUCCUAAGACCGGCCGUCUCUGCUCGCCACUCGAACAGUACUGUUGUGGGUAAAAACAAGGCUAAAAACCAGGGCCAAGGCUUCCUACCAAGCCUAGUGGCAUUUCGCAAUAUCUGCCGGUCGAUACAAGGCCACCAGAUCUACGUUCCCACCAUGUCUGCGCUCCUUAAAAAUGAUCUUCCUGCUCAAGAGCUGGUACUCAUGCAUCUAUUCUUAGUGGGUAAGGGCGAUCAUCCCCGUUCCUACCAAGACAUAGAACCAUUGAUCCACGCUGCAGAAAAGCGUGGCCUACAAUCAUUCCGGCAGAAGCUCCGAGCUUAUGUCGACCGUCAAUUCUCUAGUGAUAUUGAAGACGUUCAAUGCAAAGACUCUGAAAUUGAGAAUUCUGAGCAUAGACCGCAGGCGAGCCCUAGCGAAAGACAGCCCUUGCAUGACGAAAAGCCCAUCAAGGACGACCUGGGCGCGCGCUUAUUCGCUACGGACGCUUUGAAGUUUGAACUCAUUCUCUCUGGCUUCAAGAUGUUUGGCGCUACUUCUAUUGGACCACAAUCAUUACGGGAAAUGGCUGUGAGAGCGCAUGGCAGCCGCGAUCUACUGGAAAGGCUUCGACUUCUGCAGGAAGCAGGUAUUUCCAUCGGGGACUCGAUCUUCUCUCGCCUUGUCCGCAAGCUAGCCACAGAAAAUCGUGGUAUCGUUCUGACAGAUCUACUUCGAAGUGAUCAACAUCCCGACAUGCUGGAGGAUAUGCGUGUUCAAGAAUCUCUCUUGUUGUCUCACUACCUCAGUCAAGACUGGCGUCGCUACAACCUGACCCUAGCCAUCCUCAGCGAAAUAGCCGACGAAGGACCAAACAUGUUCAACAUCCAUUUUCGAAAACAUCUGAGAGCGGGCGAGUGGGAGUUGGCAUCGAAAAUAGUCGAUGAACUAGCUUUGCGCGGAGAGCCCCUCACGAAGACAAGCAUCGACUUACUGAUCAGUCAUGUUCUGACCCCACGACGGCCUGGGUCUGGACCGAUCCGAGUUCCUGACCGGCCACCGCAAAUUGAAGUGGCGUUCGUCUUCCGUGUUCUACAACGCACCAUUCCAUUGGGGUCAACUGUAUCUGCCAGGCUCUGGGUUGAGUUGAUCAAACGACUGGGCCAGACAGACUCCUGGGUUGAGCUUCGGAAGUGUUGUCUUUGGCUAGCCCGUCAUUAUUCUUUCACUGGGCCGCAGAAGGAUACACCUCUGGACAUCAUAUCAGGAUCAAGCGCGGCACCACAUAGUCGGACCUCUCCAGCUUCGGGGCACAAUGCUGACAUGCUCCGCACAAUAUUCAGCCGCCACGUCCAGGAAGCCCUCGUGCAUUGGGGGUUCCGCAAGCGAGUCUCUCCGAACAACCAUCGCUACCACGCGGUCAAUGAUUUGAUUCCAUGGAUACGGGGCCUCGCUCUCCUGCGUGAGCUGGAGCGUAGCGGUGUUGAGCUUCAGGUAAGCAGCAUCAGCCGCGCGUGUCGGCAACGGCUUGCUGUUGUCUUUGGACGAAACCGGCGGUCUAGCCGCCCCAUGAACCGCAUGUUGCGACGAGAAAAUCCUUAUACUCUUGAGAAGGUACUCGGCGAUAUCAGCCGCGUCUGGGGAGAGCCAUCCUUGUUUGCAGGCCGAGAGCACAUCGAUGUGUUUCGACUAAUUAAUCCACCGAGUUCCAAGAUGUCGUACCGCAGGACACGUAAAACCCUCUGGAGGGAGCAAAAACUGCGGGGACCAGCUUUCAUUCAGAGUCGGUCAUAAUGUAUCAACAGACAGUGACAGUGUAUAUAGACCCCAAUAGACCGAAUAUAUCACAUAUCUACUUGUAGC